CAAAGGACAAAUUAAUUUGCUUCUGUUCUUCAGGAAUCGACAUCGAUUAAGGAAAUAGCAUUCCUUGUUUUCAACUUGGAUUUUGGCACGUAGGUGUCUCGCGACAAGACUCUCAAGAAUUUAUUAGUUCGUUUUUUUCAUUGCAUCGAGUUACCAGGAAAUAAGAGAAUGCCGGGUGAACGCCGAGCGUUGGCGACUGCGACACCAGAGAAGUCGCAUUUUGUUUGCGCGGGUGUGAUAUCCGAGGAUACCUUGUUUUACGCCGUGGAAGAACGCCUUUUCUGCUACGACCUGUCCGCCAAUUCCUUUCUCAGCGACCUGCCGCAGCCGCAUACGCAAGCCGUGCGAGUAGUUUGCGAAAAUAGUGUUGGUUCGGCCCAAAGCCAGGACUUUUCAGCAGACCCCCGGGACGAGGAUGCACGGGCAAAGAAGCGACGUAUUGAGACCACAGCUGACAGCGGGCGCACCACCAGCGUCCGGUACGCGACCGCCGGGGAUGACAAAACGAUUGUCCUUUGGUCGCACGAUAGGAAAGAAUUAGGCCGUUACCAGCACCAAAAGAAGAUCACGUGCGCGACGUUCGACCCCUCUGGGCGCAAGUUGCUUUUUGCAGACAAGUUCGGUGAUGUAUACGAGUUGGCAGUGGAGGGAGUACUAGAGCACGGCAAGAAGCUGGAGGCGAAACUUCUGUUCGGACACCUGGCGAUCGUUACGAGCAUGUGCUUCCUCGAGAAGAAGCAAGUGCAAAAGACGGGGGUUGGAAUUGCGGCCGGCACUGCUGCUGCGAUUAGUCCAGCGUCCACUGCGACGUCCGCUUCCGGAGCAGGGGAUCCUCAGGCGAAGAGCGUGGAGAUGUUGCCCAGGAAAGCGUACUACUUGGUAACCGGAGACAACCACGAGAAGAUUCGCGUGAGCAAUUACCCGCAGCACUGGGACAUCGAGACGUUCUGUCUGGGGCACACGGGGCACAUCACGAAACUGUUGGCCAUCCCCGCUGUCACGUUGCAGAGCAAGCCGCGGUCGGAGGUGCUUGUCAGUUUGGGUGCGGACGGGAAGCUGUGUCUGUGGGACGUGGACCAGCCAGAAGGCCGGCAGCUGGUGCACUGCUCGCGCGUUCUCGAUGAGCGAGGGCUGCCGGACGCGGUGCCGACCGAAGUUUGUUUCCUCCCGGACGGAUAUGUCAAGCCAAAGUUGCUGGUGCACGUCAACUCACAGUUUGUUGCUGCAGCCGCAAGUGGUAGCGCAGAGCCGGCGGAGCAGUCUACGGUGGUCCCUUCGGAGACAAAAUCGACACUGGGUGCGGUCGCGGAGGGGAAGAGGAGUACGGAUCUUGCGCUUUCGGGAGACCAGGUUUCCGUGCCGCAUGCGUUGCUGCAUCGCAGCAAGGUGCCCGUGGAUCACUGCCUACUCGGCUGCCGUUCGGGAAGGGUGUUCUACGUCAAUCAGAAGACGGGACAUCUAUUUGCCUCAUCCGGGACGCAAGUGAAACUACAAGACCUCGGACCCGAGAACUUGGAGAUUUGUGCAAAGAAGGAACGGCUUUACAAAUACUUCAAAGAUGAUGAGAACGCGGAAGACUGAGCUGCGUGCUAUGAUGACCAUAGUCGAGGUGGUCGGCGCGUGACACUUUUUCUAGACCUCGCUCGUACAGAUGUAAAAAUCAGCGAAGAAGGCUUCUCGUUGUAGUUUUUAUUGCCACUGUGUUUUACGAAUUGCGAUACUCGACG